UAUCAACGACAACAACGGAUGAUAAGAAGCCAGGAAGUACCUCCGAAUUAGUAAAGGUGUCAACUAAACGCUCAAGACCCAAACCAACUUCACCAAAUAGACAAGGUCCUCAGCAAUGCCAGGUCUGUGCCAAAGUAUUCGGUAACGCCUCUGCGCUGGCAAAGCACAAACUGACUCAUAGUGACGAGCGAAAAUAUGUCUGCAGCAUGUGUGGGAAAGCUUUCAAGCGACAAGACCACCUUAACGGCCACAUGCUCACGCACCGCAACAAGAAACCCUACGAGUGCAAAGCUGAGGGCUGCGGCAAGAGCUACUGCGACGCUCGUUCUUUGCGACGGCACACCGAAAACCACCAUAGCUCAACCGUCAACACUACGACGACGACGACCAUGUCACCGGCCCAGGGUGCGGCUUCGGGGGAUGCCGCUUCACCACAUGGCUCGAGCUGCAUCCAGUAUGCGCCGCCUCCCACCUCGACUUCUCCCUCUACGUCGAGCGCGGGGGGCAAGAGUCAGCUGCAGCAGCUGUUGGCAACGGAUCCUGCUAAGAGUGGAAGCAGCGGCAACAAUGACGGGUUAACCAAACAACAGCUCGAUCUGAUACAUCAAAUAAUGGAACAGACCCAGAGACAAUCGCAAGCCGUUGUAGCAGCGGCAAACAAAUCAACCCCAAAGCCAACUAACAAACCCAGCAGCAGUAAAUCGUCCAGCAAGUCGCAUCAGAACAAAACAGCGUGGUUAUCGGCGGCAAAUCAGCAACAGGGUACAUCGAACAAAAACAGCGGCGGAUCAAGUGGAAGCAGCACUAGCAGUGGUGCACCUAGUCCUCAGGCGAAAGUCACCACAACAUCUACACCCACUACAUCUCCGGUUAAUUCAACUACAGGAAAACCGGAACAGAAACCAGUGGAAUGCAACCUAUGCCACAGAAAAUUUAAGAAUAUCCCCGCUCUCAAUGGUCACAUGAGAUUGCAUGGUGGAUAUUUCAAGAAAGAAUCUGAAAACAAAAAAUGCGAGAAAAAAGACACCUCUGGCCCUCCAUUGCAAACGGCAAGUUUCAGCGUGCGAGCGCUGAUAGAAGAAAAAAUAAUAAACAAGCGCAUCACCAACACUCCGCACUCAUCGUCUUCAUCCGUUCCGACAGAAGAUUCUAAAUCCAACGCUCCGCCGCUCUUUCCUCUGACCGUGCAUUCCUCGUCGAACAACACGGAUUUGGAAUCUAAAAUCUCCUCGUUCGUAGUUCCCGCUCCGCCGCAACAGAACACGGAGAAGGUCAGAAGACAUUCCGAUGCAGAAUCGUUGAGGGGGUCCAGCACGCAGCAGGAGGCCCAAGCGUUAGCAGAUCUUAUCCUCAAGAGAGAGAAGGCUACUGUGAAGAGGACCGUUUCUGAUCCUGGUCAAUCGCAGUCUUCUCCUCUCAUUCAUUUCCAGCAGAAUGAUUCGUUCACGCUAGCCAAUGUCAGUUACCAAUCUGAAGAAGCGGAAUUCAUAUCGUCGAGUCUUCAAGACGAAGUGUUCACGCAAGUUCAGGACAGCAUGCUUCUUCAAGGAGUUGAUCCUCACCAGUUGGCUUCUAUUCAAUUCCAAACCGACAGUCUACUUCAAGACCAAAACGAACAGCAACUUCAAGACUUCAAAUUAGACGACAUCAGUCUUCAAGAGUCGGUUCAACAGUCACCAUCGUACCAGUCGAGUCACUCGGUCAACCAAGAACUUCAAGCCGUUCUGGAUUCUCCGUUGCCAGAGAGUUUAGCAGAGUUCAGCACCUUCCAUUCUACGAACAGCCUGGAUAUGCCUUCGCCAGGUUAUCAGACGCAUUCUCCUGCACAGUACGCGAGGUCGCCUCAUACGAUAACUGCGCAGUCUCCUUUGCAGAGUCCGCUGAUAAGACACGAUUCGCCAGGUUUCGCUUAUCCGACGCCUCCAGCAAGUCAUGAGGGACAAAGUCCAGGAUUCGGGCAAAAUACUAUUCUUCCAAUGGUGUCGCCAAACGCACAAGAAUUUGGACAGAUUGUUGAGAGAGGAGUUUAUGAGGAACCGCCACAAGCGUCAUCUCCUCUAUCAGCCGCAUUUUUCACUUCGACCAUGUCCAGCUCGGCAGCAGUGGAAGAGGCCUUAGAAGAGGUGCUUCCUGGAGAAACCCUCUAUCCCCUCACCAACUCCCCCUCUCCUCAGUCCCCCCUCGGGUUAACGCCAGUCCCGUCUCCCAUCUCCAGCAUAGUCAGCACCUCAGUUCCAUCUCCUCAUCCUUCAACGACUUAUUCCCCGUCACCGAAUACUUCCACAUACUCAAUGUCCAGCAGCUGGUGCAACGGGGUGAUGCUUCCAAACUCCGACGACCCUUUGCUCUCCAGCAGCCCCAAAGAUUUUGUUCCGAGAAAAAAGAUCGAAAUAAACGGAAUGCCCCUCAGACUGAUCAGCAACAACGGUCUGAUAGAGUUGAACAGCGCGAACUUCGCGGGCAUCUUGGUCGAUGCCAAUGGAGAAAUCAAGCUAAUCCAAACUGGCGGAAACAAUUUUCAAUCGAAGAAUUUUCUGUUGGCUAACACCACGCAGAUAAUCACCCAAGACAACAGUGACGACAAGAGUAAAGUACAAAAGGUGAUAAAAACUGUACAAUGCACAAUUCCAACGAAACAUAUUAUUAACAGGCCUAAGCAAGUUACCGAAAUCAAAAAAGAAGAGAGCAACGAUGUUUUUCUUAGUCCUACUUCGAUACCUGCUAGUCCAGUAAGGGUUUCGAGGAAAAGACCUAGAACAGAACCCCUACAGCUACCUGUACUACACCAGUCAAAAUUGAGGGCAACUAGGAGUAAACCGCAGGGUUCUGCUCCUUAUACACCUCAACCUAUACUCAAUCCUCAGAGGCCUGGAACAGGCCUUUACUCUAAUUUGAAGAGUAAAAACGAUGAAGGCGUCAGUUGGAACAGUGACCCCGUCCCGGAAAGUGACUCUACACCGCACGUGAACAUAGGAUCGCACUUUCAAUGCAAAAUACCCCAUUUUACAUCUGCUCCCAAAAGAAGUAGUCCGGAACCAAGUUACGAAGAUCUGCUCUGGGAUCCAGGUAUAAGCAGCUGUACCGACAGUGAAGAAUGA